UGGGGGGGAGAUCCUUUUGCCUGCACCUCUCUUUCUCAUACAUAUAUAUAUUUUAAAGAGAACUCCCCCCAUCCAGCUUUGCUCUUCUUGCAAUUAUUUGCCGGCACCGGGAUCCCCUUGGACACUCUAUUUCUUUUUCUUUCUUUCUUUUUUUUUUCCCCUCAUGCCAUCCGGAUUGCUCUUCUUGGAGUGGGAUUAAGGCUUUAUUUAUUCUAUUUAUUUAUUUAUUGCUCCUCGGGGCAGGGAGGGCAUGUUGGAGGAGAAGAGCUGGGAAGGCGUUGGCGAGGCGGCUCUCGCCGGGGGGUGCACGGCGCCCCCCCGGACCGCCGCCGGGGAGCGAUGCUGCCGGCUGCCUCUGCUGCUGGGCUCGGGGCUCCCCGGCGUGUCGCUGCUCUCGCUGGCGCUCAGCCUCCUGCUCUACUUUCGGACGUCCGACCUGCAGUCCCGCGUGUUGCAUCUGGAGGCGGCCGGACCCGCGCGGCUCCCCGCCUGGCUCUCGGCAGACCAGAUGGAGACGGCUAUUUUGGGAAGAGUUGACCAACUGCUCGACGAGAAACUGAAGUUCCACUUGCCGAGACAUCGAGAGGUCCGAGACGUGCACCAGCGAUGCAACUGCCCAGCAGGCCCUCCCGGCCCUACGGGAAGACCAGGGCUCCCGGUAAAUGCUUCAUCCUCCGGCUUCGACGGGCGCCGCGGGACUUCGAAGGGGCGAGCCGGAGAGAAGGGCGCGCCGGGAGAAGCAGGCGUGUCCGUCAUCGGGCCCCGCGGGCCGCCCGGACAGCCCGGAACGAGAGGUUUUCCCGGAUUCCCGGGCCCUAUCGGCUUGGACGGCAAACCGGGUCAUCCGGGACAGAAGGGCGAGACGGGCGCAGCAGGUCCCAGGGGACAACCCGGACCCCCCGGACAAAAAGGAGAAAAGGGCCAGUGCGCGGAGUACCCGCACAGGCUGUUGCCUCUCCUCAAUUCGGUGCGGCUGGCUCCACCUCCGGUCAUAAAGAGACGCACUUUCCAGGGCGAGCAAGGACAAGCAGGAGUACAAGGUCCUCCGGGGCCGCCCGGCCCGCCGGGGCCCGCCGGACCCGAGGGAACCCCAGGACAGCCCGGGCCGGUCGGGCCGCCUGGCAGAGCAGGCGAACCUGGGAAGCCCGGCAGGGACGGGAAGGGCUUACCUGGGCCUCCUGGACCAAAGGGCGAGGCGGGCGAGUCGGGCCUGCCCGGUGCACGCGGCCUCCCCGGAGCUGCUGGCCCGCAGGGUGAAAAAGGGGACCCAGGCAUAAAGGGCGCUCCGGGGACGGCUGCCGCCGGGAUGAAGGGCGAGCCGGGGACUCCAGGAGAAAAGGGAGAGCCUGGAGUCCAAGGCAGGAUGGGCCCCCCAGGUUUGCCAGGGAAAAGGGGGCAGCGGGGUGAGAAGGGCCGAGCUGGUGACCCUGGGCUGCCUGGGCUCCCAGGCCCAAAGGGAGAGAAAGGGAAUGCUGAGAAUGCCUUGGAGGGAGGUAAAGGGGAACCCGGCCCACCAGGCUUACCUGGACCCCCCGGACCAAAGGGAGAAGCUGGUGACGUUGGCCUGCCUGGCACUGCAGGAUCACGGGGGCAAAAGGGGGAACCUGGUGCACCUGGAGAGCGGGGACCCAUGGGCCCACGGGGCCCCAAAGGAGACCCUGGGAAAGAUGAAAUGAUGGACUAUGAUGGCAACAUUAGUGAAGCUCUGCAGGAAAUACGAACUUUGGCCUUGAUGGGACCCCCAGGACUCCCAGGUGUGGCUGGGCCUCCAGGGCCACCAGGACAGAAGGGUGAAAUUGGUUUGCCGGGUCCUCCAGGCCAUGAUGGAGAGAAGGGACCACGAGGCAAGCCAGGAGAAAUGGGUCCCCCGGGUCCUCAUGGACCGCCAGGAAAGGACGGACCACCCGGAAUGAAGGGAGAACCGGGACGUAUUGGCACCUCAGGAGAAAAGGGGGAGAAAGGAGAGCAGGGACGAGCUGGGUUACCGGGUCUUGAUGGCCCAACUGGAGAGAAAGGAGAACGAGGUGACCAAGGGAUGCCAGGACCAUCAGGAUUGCCAGGUCCCAUUGGACUUCCAGGACUGACAGGAGAAAAGGGAGAAGCUGGGGAGCGUGGAGACAAAGGAAAUCCAGGAGAAUCGAUAUCAGGACCCCCUGGACCCCAAGGCCCACCAGGACCUCCAGGUCUUCAGGGCCUUCCAGGACUGAAGGGGGAAGCGGGGAUCGAUGGACUGAAAGGAGAGAAGGGUGUCCAGGGUGAGAAAGGAGACAGAGGGCCACUGGGAUUACCCGGUGCUUCAGGUUUAGACGGCAGGCCUGGACCACCGGGUACUCCAGGACCAAUUGGGGUUUCGGGACCAGCAGGACCAAAAGGGGAAAGGGGCAGUAAAGGAGAUCCUGGAGUUGUAGGACCAAUGGGGCCAGCAGGGCUCCCUGGUUUACAAGGUCUACGUGGUGACAAAGGAAUCCGGGGGGAGAGGGGCAAGAAAGGCUCUAGAGGGUCUAAAGGGGAUAAGGGAGACCAAGGAGCGCCUGGAUUAGAUGCACCCUGUCCGUUGGGGGAAGAUGGCCUGCCAGUUCAAGGCUGCUGGAAUAAGUGAUGGUUCUAACCCUGGACUGGCCUGUGUGUGUUACUGUACAUAGAAUAUUUAUUUUUAUACAGUGUUCCUCUCUGAAAUGCCGGAAGUUAUGCAUUUUUACAAAUUAUCAAAAGGCUGCAUAUUUUUUGUACAGAAAAUGCUAAAUUCUCCCUUCCUCCUCGUUUGUCAAUUCUCUGUAUAAUUCUAUGUCUUCAUUAUGCUUGUUUUGUCAUGGAGUACAGCUGUAAUAUUUACAUGAUAUUUGUGCACACAUGAUGAUUAUUGGACCGUAAUAAAU